AUAAAAGCAGGCUAAUCUGCAUUGCAGAACUAGUCGUAGUCAAUCAUUCGCCGUGCAAGGUUCGCGUAAUAUUUAUACAAACUAACCCUAAGAUCUAACAGGAAGAAAAACAAACCAAACGGCCAAGAUGUCUGAAGAAGUCACGUACCGAAUUCCGAAACCGGCGCGCAUGCGCGGUCUGCACAAUGUCAUCGUCAAGCGCAAUCUGAUCAUGGCCAUCGCCCUGGUCACCACGGCCGUUAUUUCGAUAAAAAUGCUGCGCAACGAACCGAGGAAGCGAGACUACGCCGAGUUCUACAAGAAUUACGACGCGAACAAGGCCUUCCAGCGCAUGAAGGAUGCCGGUCUGUUGCAAUCGGUGCAGGAUUAGAUUUGGCCCCGGAGUAAAAGCCAUCGUAAAGCCAUAGAAAAAAGGCACUGGAAGCACUAAUUGCGUGAUCGCUCUAUAUAGGAAUGGAAAUAGCACAGUAAAGGAAAUUCCGGUUAAUCCAAACAUCACUUACGUGUUGCCUAGUGUAUUACAUAAUUUAAAAUGCUCCGGCUAAAAGAAUAAAACAGCCAACCAACGCUUGUCG